UCCGCUGUCGUUUUUGUUCGUACAUUCGUAGGCCAAGCGAAGCGAGUUUUGGAGAUGUACGGAAUUUGCACUCAGUUGAAAUAAUACGUCAUCUCGUAUUUUAAAGUGAUUUCAUUUAUUCAUUUGUAAUUUGGAUUACUAUAACUAAUAUAUAAAAAGCCAACAUUAUGCCGGCGGCUCGGGGUGUUAAAAGGACGGCAUCCAAAUCGUCUGCUGCAGCAGCUUCAACGGGACCGAAAAAUAAGAAAAAACGCGGAGCGGUCCAAUUAGAGAUACCAAGUGCGCCGAAGCGGCGAGGCUGUGUGCUCACUUGCGGACAGGGAGAUGUUGGACAGUUGGGGCUGGGCGAAGAUGUUAUUGAGACCACCAAAUUCAAGGUGGUGUCAGCUUUGGGUAAUAAAAUCGUGGACGCAUGUGCGGGAGGCAUGCACACCGUAGCACUUGAUACAGAUGGAAAGGUAUGGACGUUCGGUUGCAACGACGAGGGAGCCCUAGGCCGUCCCACAGCCAACGAGCAAGAGGAAGGCACUCCGGGGCCCGUGAAGCUCCCCGCUCCAGCUGUUAAGAUCUCCGCUGGGGACUCGCACUCCGCAGCACUACUUGAAAAUGGGGAUGUGUACGCUUGGGGUGCUUUUAGGGACUCCCACGGUAGCAUGGGGCUAGUUGUCCAGGCUCGUGAAGGCAAAGCAUGCAAGGAGCCGCUCAAACUAACAAUACCGGAAACCGCCGUGUCCAUAGCUUCCGGCGGCGACCAUCUUGUUGUUUUAUCUGUAAGCGGUGCCGUAUACACAAUGGGUUGUGGUGAGCAAGGUCAAUUGGGAAGGCUGGCUCAGCGGUCGGCGUCCAGGGACGCAAGGCAGGGGUUCAGUGCUCUCCUGGUGCCCUCGAAGGUGACCCUCAAGGCGGUGGUGUCCCGCAUCUGGGCCGGCUACCACGCCACGUUCGCGCUCGACGCUAACACGGACAAAAUGUUCGCUUGGGGGCUCAAUAAUUACGGACAGUUGGGCGUGACGGGCGAGAAGCGUCGCGCGGCGCUGUACUCGCCGGCGGAGUGCGACGCGUUCCCGGGCGGCGCCGGCGCGGUGGGCGCGGUGGCGGCGGGCCAGCACCACUCGCUCGCGCUCGACGCCGCGGGCCGCGCCUAUAGCGUCGGCCGCUGCGAGUACGGCAGGCUCGGCCUCGGCGACCGGACGACGGACGCGGAAACGCUGGAGGCGAUACCCAAGUUGCAAAACAAGAGGUGCGUCAGCAUCGCCGCCGGUACUAGCAACUCCUUCGCGCUCACCGACACCGGUGAGGUGCUGGCCUGGGGGAUGGGCAGCGAGGGCCAGCUGGGCACCGGCUCCACGGCGGACGCCAACGAGCCCACCCCCGCCGUCUGCGUGGGGCUCGGUCCCGCCACCCCGCUGAGGAUAUCCGCCGGCGGACAGCACAGCGUGCUGUUUGUGGAGGACAAAUCACCGCAAAAAGAGCCGACACCGCAACCGGAACCGGAAGAGACGCCGGCGGAAGUGGAGAUGGCGGCGGAAAAGCCGAAAGCGAAGAAGGCGAAGCAGGAGCAGGACGAACAUAUAUCGUCGACUAGCUCGCAGAGCGAGGAGGCUAAGGUGGAUAAAAUAAAUGGAGACGAGAAGAAAGACACACCAAUGGAAGUUGACGAAACUGAUAAAUCUGACAAAUCACAAGACGACAACAAACAGACGGACGAGCAGAGCGCGGAGGAGGCGUCCGAGCUAGAGUCCAAAGCGGAGAGCAUGGAUACCUCCAGCCAGGACACCAUCAACAGUGAACCCGACAAAGUGGAAAGUGUUAAAAGUGAUAGUGUCGAGAAAAGUGCGGAGAUAAGUGAGAAAGUGGAAAAGGUCGAGGGGAAAAGUGAUAAGUUAGAUCCAGAAGUGAACGGAACGGAGGCAACCGUGGACACUGCGUGAUAUUUUGGUCUGUUCCAUCGGAAAUAUGUUUGAAUAACUUAAUAAGUUCGUACUUAGACUGGGCGGAGGCCGUUCCCAAGCGUCGCACUUACUAUUGUAGAAUGCGACUAAGCUUCGGAUCUGCAUAAUGAUUUUUUGUCGACUGUGUUCGUUCGUGUGUUGGUGUGAAGCCUCGGAAUCGCGUCGCUCCUGCUAGGGUCCGGUUGUAAAUAAGCGAUGAGUGAGAAAAUAGAUUUCUAUAUCAUCUAAUAAUAUAUUUUGUAAAUAUUUUCGACGGUAAUUGAGAGCUUGCUUCAUAUAUUUUAAUAUUAAACAUCCCUAAAUACUUCCCGUGUAAAAAUAUCAUAUAAUUGUAUAAGAUUUGAUUGCGGUGCAGCGGUUAACAAAAAACCAUUAUAAAUGGAUGGGUGUGGAAAUUGUGACAUUAUGUAGGGAUUAAUUGCAGAGAUUUUUAUUUUGUAAACGUUUAGUAGUGUUCGUUUAAAUUCUGACUUAAAAAUUUUUUUAAACAAUUAUCUUCAUUUAUUAACCACAUUGAUGAUGUAUGAAAUAUAUAAUAUGUAUUAAUAUACCAUAUUUAAAAAAAUAUGUAUAUCACAUUAUAUAUAUACAACCACAGAGUUGUUUACAAACAUUUUUUUUUGUACAUUUGGUAGUACUGAGAAUAUGUUGUUAACUAUUUUUAUAUCCCUAUAGGGUGUCCUGGAAAGACUCUUGCCAGGUCAGAUAUUUACAAUAUAAAAAUAUCAGCAAUUUAACUAAAUAACUGUCACAAUUAUAAAUUAAAAAUAUUCUUAACUUAGAUUGGCCUACAAAAUCUGGCCUGAAAAAGAGUGUCCCACAAUCCAUAAGAUUUUUUAGGGUACAGUUUUGGUGGUAAAAGCAUUUAUUUAUAUAUUGUUACGAAUUACAAGUAAUGCCUUCAAGUCACACAAUUAUUAUUUUCAUGUCUCUUACAAAUUAAAAGUUUAAGCAUAGAUUUUUUACAUGAUAGCCACAUAAAAAUACAUCUUAGACAAUUUUUCCUCUCUCCAUAAUAGAUACUUAUUAAGUUAUUUAAACAUAAAUAUAUUUAUAAAUUCAAUAUGAAUUGAUCAUGUUUUAAGUUUGUGUUAAGUUUACUUUAAUUUUGACAUACUUUUUGUACUAAAGAGUUAUUUAAUUGUAGGUUAAUUUAGCUGCUGACAAUUUUUGACAUAAAAUUAUUAAUAAUGACUCACAUUUCGUUAAGUAAUUAUUUCAUAAAUAAUGUUCGGUCCAAGACUGCUGAUGAA